AUGGUUCUAACACAAUUAGUUCAUUGUCGGCUACCAGUUAGUUUUCAUUCAUUACUUUUAUCAUCCAUAUUUAUAUCACGUUUCCUAGAAAAAUCACUUACUUAUCUAUCUACCACCUACCUGUUGCCAUCUGGAUAUCGUCGAAAGCGAGCCGUACAGAGUUUCAGUGACCGUCAACAAACCUCCAGUCAGCUGACAGCAUCAAUAGGUGCUACUCAAAAUUCUAUUUCGAUCUUUGGUAUUACCUUGUCAAUUGGUAAUGGUAUGAAAGGCCGUCGUCGUCGCGAUAUUCAAUGUGAUAGAACUACUCGUUCAGGUAAUGCGCUUGUUUUUGGAGUUGAAUUGCGCUCUCCACCAACGGAACCAUGUCAAACGUUGAUUUGUCAAAUCAAUCUAUUUAAAAGUAUUCACAAUAGUUUUAACACUACAUCAAAUGUUGUCAUCACGACGGACGAUGGAACUCCUCUGAACUUAGAACUUUGCCAGGUUAAAAAUCUUCCAGAUGGCAAUGCUCAAACUGAUGAUAAGCCUAUCGUUAUCAAUGAUGAUAGCUCAGUAACUCAUUCAGAUGUCACUAGUAGUACCAAUACUGUUUUACAAUCAACACAAACAUCUGCAACACCAGUCAGCACAUAUACAAUGACGUCAACAGUAUCUACAACAAUGACAUCAACUAUUCUAAACUGCAAUAGUGCUACUUGCUGUCAUGCUAAUAGUUCUUGUGUUUCUUGUAUUUAUAAUGGUGUUUCAGCUUAUUGCUACCAUGGUAGACUUAUGAAUGCCACUACUUCUGGAGUAUAUAAUACUAGCAGUAUUAGCCAGUGUAAUCUGGAUGUGAAUAAUGGUUAUAAUGCUUAUAAUUAUGCUGUUGCCGUUUGCUGA